AUGGUCAACUUCACGAUCGAGGAGAUCCGGCAGCUUAUGGACAAGCCCACCAACGUCCGUAACAUGUCCGUCAUUGCCCACGUCGACCACGGAAAGUCCACCCUUACCGAUUCCCUCCUGUCCAAGGCCGGUAUCAUCUCCACCGCCAAGGCAGGAGACGCAAGAGCAACGGAUACACGUGCAGAUGAACAGGAACGUGGUAUCACUAUCAAGUCUACUGCCAUCUCUCUGUACCACGGCGUCGACCCCGAGGAUGUCAAGGAUAUCGUCGGCCAGAAGACCGAUGGUACCGACUUCUUGAUCAACCUGAUCGACUCUCCCGGUCACGUUGAUUUCUCUUCCGAGGUUACUGCUGCCCUCCGUGUCACUGACGGUGCUCUCGUCGUCGUCGACACCGUCGAGGGUGUCUGCGUUCAGACCGAGACUGUCCUGCGUCAGGCUCUCGGUGAGCGCAUCAAGCCCGUCGUCAUCAUCAACAAGGUCGACCGUGCUCUUCUCGAGCUUCAGGUGUCCAAGGAGGACCUGUACCAGUCCUUCUCUCGUACCAUCGAGUCCGUCAACGUCAUCAUCUCCACCUACUUCGACAAGUCUCUCGGUGACGUCCAGGUCUACCCCUACAAGGGAACCAUCGCCUUCGGUUCCGGUCUGCACGGCUGGGCCUUCACCGUCCGCCAGUUUGCCGUCCGCUACGCCAAGAAACUUUGGGGUGACAGCUACUUCAACCCGCAUACCAAGAAGUGGACGAGCAAGGGCACCCACGAGGGCAAGCCUCUGGAGCGUGCGUUCAACCAGUUCAUCUUGGACCCCAUUUUCAAGAUUUUCUCCGCUGUCAUGAACUUCAAGAAGGAUGAGGUUACCACCCUUCUCUCCAAGCUUGACCUCAAGCUCGCCACUGAGGACAAGGACAAGGAGGGCAAGCAGCUCCUCAAGGCUGUCAUGCGCACUUUCCUUCCCGCUGCCGACGCUCUUCUGGAGAUGAUGAUUCUCCACCUUCCUUCCCCCGUCACGGCCCAGAAGUACCGUGCCGAGACUCUGUAUGAGGGUCCCCCCGAUGAUGAGGCUGCCCUUGCCAUUCGUGACUGUGACCCCAAGGGUCCUCUCAUGCUCUACGUCUCCAAGAUGGUUCCCACCUCCGACAAGGGACGUUUCUACGCCUUCGGUCGUGUCUUCGCCGGUACCGUCCGCUCCGGUCUGAAGGUCCGCAUCCAGGGACCCAACUACGUCCCUGGCAAGAAGGAGGACCUUUUCAUCAAGGCCAUCCAGCGUACCGUCCUGAUGAUGGGUGGUAAGGUCGAGGCCAUCGACGACAUGCCUGCCGGUAACAUUGUCGGUCUGGUCGGUAUUGACCAGUUCCUUCUCAAGUCUGGUACCCUCACCACCAGCGACACCGCCCACAACCUCAAGGUCAUGAAGUUCUCCGUCUCCCCCGUCGUGCAGCGCUCCGUCCAGGUCAAGAACGCCCAGGACCUCCCCAAGCUUGUUGAGGGUCUCAAGCGUCUGUCCAAGUCCGACCCUUGCGUCCUCACCUACACUUCUGAGUCUGGUGAGCACGUCGUUGCCGGCGCUGGUGAGCUUCACCUGGAGAUUUGCCUGAACGAUCUCGAGAACGACCACGCCGGUGUCCCUCUCAUCAUCUCCGACCCCGUCGUCCAGUACCGCGAGACUGUUGCCGGCAAGUCCAGCAUCACUGCUCUGUCCAAGUCUCCCAACAAGCACAACCGUCUGUACAUGAUCGCCGAGCCCAUCGACGAGGAGCUCUCUAAGGAGAUCGAGGCUGGCAAGAUCGGCCCCCGUGACGAUUUCAAGGCUCGUGCUCGUAUCCUCGCCGACGACUUCGGCUGGGAUGUCACCGACGCCCGCAAGAUCUGGACCUUCGGCCCCGACACCACUGGUGCCAACUUGCUCGUUGACCAGACCAAGGCUGUCCAGUACCUCAACGAAAUCAAGGACUCCGUCGUCUCUGGUUUCCAGUGGGCCACCCGUGAGGGUCCCGUCGCUGAGGAGCCCAUGCGCUCCACUCGCUUCAACAUCAUGGAUGUUACCCUGCACGCCGAUGCCAUCCACCGUGGUGGUGGUCAGAUCAUCCCUACUGCCCGUCGUGUUCUCUACGCCGCUGCUCUGCUUGCCGAGCCCGCUCUCCUCGAGCCCGUCUUCUUGGUCGAGAUCCAGGUUCCCGAGCAGGCCAUGGGUGGUGUCUACGGUGUCCUUACCCGCAGACGUGGUCACGUUUUCAACGAGGAGCAGCGUCCUGGUACUCCUCUCUUCACAAUCAAAGCUUACUUGCCCGUCAUGGAAUCCUUCGGGUUCAAUGGCGAUUUGCGCCAGGCCACCUCCGGACAGGCUUUCCCUCAGUCCGUCUUUGACCAUUGGCAGGUUCUGCCCGGUGGUUCUCCUCUCGAUGCCACCUCCAAGGUCGGACAGGUCGUCCAGGAGAUGCGUAAGCGUAAGGGUCUCAAGACUGAGGUUCCGGGUGUUGAGAACGAAGAUGGGCCCUUGCUUAAGGCAUGGCUCAUGAAAAAGCUGCCCGAAGUCUCUGAUACCGAGACGGACAUCCUGGCAGAUUAUGUCCUUGCUCUUCUCGCAUCCCAGGAAGGAGACGCUGCGCCGAUUCGUACGGCUUGCGAAAGCGAGCUGCCGCAAUUUCUCAACACAGAUACCGCACCUGACUUUGUCGACGAACUGUUUCGCGUCAUUGAAUACAAGUCUUACCUGCCCGGCGCACCUUCUCCGCCCAACAAGCGAUUCGAGACUGCAGGCGAAAUCCGUUACACAGAACCUUCCUCGCACACGAGUCGUUCCGACACAUUACCUCAGACUAGUUCGCGAAAGCGCUCAUACUAUGACAGAGGCGAUGUAGACGCGUCGAGCGGUCACGCCGAGAGAGCGUACAAGCAGCCGCGUCGAGGCCAGUGGGACACAAGCUCCAUGAUGAGAGGAGAUGGUGGCACGAAUGAGUACCAAACCCAACCAAAUGCCAAUGGCUAUUCGCAGCUCCCAGCUGGGCCUGCGCCAUAUGAUCCCCACUACCCUCAGCCACCCACCGGCCCUCAGGCCUGGCGCGACGCGUCGCCGCGAAUGCCGGCCUACUCUCAGGUGCCUCCAUAUGGAACGCCGCAAGGUCCGAGAAGAAACAGGCAGAAAUGCCGUGAUUUCGCGACCAAGGGCUAUUGCGCUCGUGGAAGCUCCUGUCAGUAUGACCACGGCUCUGAGCCGAUCUGGUUGCCAGCCAACGAUGCUACGAACGGGCCUCCACACCUGGGUGAAUUUGAUGUCCAGGCUGCAGCUAUGAUGAUGUCGCAGAAUUUCCAGGCAAUGCAGCAGCUGAUGGAGGCUUUCAACGCCGAGAGAGGCGGUCGAGGUGGCAAAAAGGGUCGACAAGGGGCUAAGAGCCGGCGGCGUCAGAACCGAGCCUCGUUCUCAGCGGAGGGUCCUGUCAUUGACGAAACAAGGACUACAAUCGUUGUGGAGAAUAUUCCCGACGAGCACAUGUCUGAAGAGUCUGUUCGAGAGUUUUUCUCGGAAUUCGGCACCAUUGAAGACAUUUGGAUGCAACCGCAGAGAAGGCUUGCGGUUUUGAAGUAUGACUCUUGGACGGCCGCCAACGCCGCCUACCGUUCUCCGAAGGUCAUCUUUGACAACCGUUUUGUCAGAGUCUUCUGGCAUCAGGACGAAAACGAGCAAGCUGCUGCUGCAGCUGGAGCGGAUGGCACUGACUUUGGCGGAGAACAGCAUCCGGCCGAACCGGAAUUCGACAUGGAAGAAUUUCUACAGAAGCAAGAGGAGGCUCAGAGACUACACCAGGAGAAGAUGCAGAAGAAGCAAGAGCUUGACAAGCAACGUCAGGAAUUGGAGCAUCGUCAAAGGGAGCUGCUCGCGCGACAUCGCGAGGAGCAAAAGAAGCUCCAGGCCAGACUGACGGGAUCCAAGCGCGGAAGCCCAGAAAAUCCCGAUGAGGACGCGGGAUCAUUGAGUUCUGCCCUUCGGGCACAGCUUGCGGCUCUGGAAGACGAGGCUAAGCUCCUUGGUCUAGACCCAAGCGCGAUGGACGAGCCAACUCCUUGGUACGCAGCUAGCCGCGGUAGAGGCCGAGGUCGAGGAGGAUCUGUGCCACGCGGGCGAGGAGGCUUCGCUCCGCGGGGCAGAGGAUCAUACCGCGGCGGAUACGGAGGCGACGUGCACGCCGCGUAUGCGGCUUAUUCGUUGGACAACCGUCCCAAGACUGUGUCCCUUACUGGUGUAGACUUCACCUCACCAGAGAAGGACGAGGCUCUGCGGCAGUAUCUCCUAGGCAUUGGAGAGUUCACCGACAUCAACACCACGCCCUCAAAUACCCAGGUUACCUUCAAACACCGGAAGACAGCUGAGAAGUUCUAUUACGGGCUGACAAACCAUGAGAUACCUGGCGUCGAUUGUAAGCUUGAGCUGUCCUGGGUGGCUGCGUUGGCCAAGAACGCGGCGGAAAACGGCACGUCCAAGUAUUCCGGCGCGAUGGACCAGGAUGUGGCCAUAGGAAACGCCGCUCCUAAUGGGUCCUCGGCGAUCACUCUUGACCAGCAACCUGAACAACAGCCUGAGAUGGACUACGAUGUUGCAGACGACGACGAUUGGGGGGUUGAGUAG